AUGGGCGAAGGGCGGAGCCGCUCCCCGAAUUCACUGCCCUGGGGGCUUCUGAAGAAACAGCUGCAUCCUGGGUGCAAGGUGCGCUUGAAAGGGCUUCAUGUGCAACGAAAUGGGCAGAUUGGCAUCGUCGAGGAUUACCUUCCACCCAAGCAACGCUGGAGGGUCCGGCUCGGCUCUGGCAAGUCUCAUGAUUUUAAGGCAGAAAACCUGCACUUGGAAGAGCCGGCCGAACGCCCACCACCGCCGGGCUGGGUGGGCCCCGAAACGGAGCGGGGCGCGGUCGUUCAGCAGACAGCUUUUCGGGAGGAGGAGACGGUGGAGAAGAAGCCCGAAAUGCAGAUCGGGUCAAUGGUCGUCCUCCAUGGCUUAAAAUCAGCUGCGGAGUUGAACGAUCAGCGUGGGGAGAUCGAAUCCUUCGUUCAAGAGUCCUCCCGAUGGCGUGUGAAAUUGCUGGAUGGAGCCGUGAAAGAUUUGAAGGCCGAGAACUUGCGCUUACUGGACGCCAAAGAGUCGGAGGUCUUCUCUGAACUCGCCGCGCUGGAGGCGGAGCUGGACACCUUCCGGGUCGAGGCGGGCGACGCCUGUGGUCCCCAGGGCCGCUUCGUGGUGGAGGAGAAGCUGGGCGAAGGCACCUUCUCCACCGUCUUCAGAUGCCGCGACGCCGAGAACGCGGCGAACGCGAAAACGUCCUAUGCGGUGAAGUUCACGCGUGCCAACGAGCAGACACGGAGGGCGUUGGAACGCGAGGUGAAGAUCAUGAGUCAACUGAUCACCAAGCUGGCACCACAAGAUCCCGAAGGCAUGCGAUGCAUCUUGUGCCUCGCUUUCUUUGAGACCUUUGUCCACCAGGGUCGUUUGGCCGCUGUCUUCGAGUUGAUGAAAUGCAAUCUACGUACCGCACUGGCGAAGUACGGGGCAGGUCGUGGAUUGCCGCUGCUCCCCACCGUGCGCGACUUUGGGCGGCAGCUUUUUCUGGCGCUGCGGCUCCUGCGGAACGCGCAGCUCUUCCACUGUGACGUGAAGCCGGAGAACUUGUUGCUGGCAGCUGACAACAGCUCCAUCAAACUCUGUGACUUCGGAAGCUGCCAUGGCCCUGCAGAGCGCUUGCGCUCGGAUCAGCUGAUGCCACGGAAUUAUCGUGCACCCGAGAUCAUGUUGGGACAGGACUAUGGCUUUCCAGUCGACAUGUGGAGUGCUGCUGCCACCAUCUUCGAGCUCGCGACAGACACCGUCCUUUUCCAGGGUGAGAACAACAAUGAGAUGCUCUACGAGAUGAUGCGAGUUUGCGGCCCCUUCCCGCUGGCAUUGGUUUUGUCUGGACACUUCUCAAUCAAGCACUUUGGCGCCAAUGGCGACUUCUUAAAUGCCAAAGGCGAUGUGGCCAUUGACUCAUCGAAUCCACGAGUGCGGCCCUUGGAGUCCUUCGACCCGCCAGCGCGGCCCUUGCAGUUCCUCUUGGAGGAAGCUUUGAAAGAACCUCCCAAAGGAGUGGCAGAGACUCGACACAGAGGUAUGGUCUCCCAUUUAUGCGACCUGCUGGGCCAAUGUCUAAGAGCUGAUGCAUCGCUGAGACCAAUGCCAGAAGUGGCCUUGGGUCACAAGUUCUUUCAGAAGGGCGGCUGA